GUCCGCAACCUCCCCUUGGCCCGAGUGGUCGGACUCAGAGAUUCCCCAAUAGCCAUGCUUCCUCUUUUGUUCCCAGGCCGAAGCGCCUCCAUUUUCCAUGCCUCUGGAUCCGCUUUGGCAGCCUCACAUUGCCGUUGCAACGCGCCCUUGGUGGGCGCUGUGGACAAAGAACUCGACUUCGACUUCGACGUGGACGACGCGAGACAUAGCUGGCAAUCACAUCCGGAAGCGUGGCCGCGAGUCGAACCGGCAGAUGCAAUCUUGAAGGAGGUGGAGGGAGGUAGGAAGGGAGGAGAAACGAGCACCGAGGAGGAAGAGAGAGGAGGAGGGGGGAGGUAUGGCAAACAGAGGCAUAAAGUUUAUGAUAUACAGCUGCCGGUCUUCUUAAUCCAUCACUCCCAGCAGUGCCCAUCGCUCGCCGUGUGCGUCAUUGCUCAUCACAUCUAUCACUAUCGUUUCACAUCUGCCAUCACUAUCGUUUCACAUCUGCCACCACCUCCCUCCUUUCGACUAAUCAAUCAUAUUCCUCCUGCCGGCUUAUCAUCGUCAUCAUCAUCAUUAUGUCCAGCCGCAAGGAGACCGUUCUCGAUCUCGCCAAGUUUGUCGACAAAGGCGUAUGUGUGAAACUCAGUGGCGGGAGGCAGGUCACAGGUACUCUCAAAGGUUACGACCCGCUUCUGAAUCUCGUGCUGGACGAGGCCGUCGAGUUCUUAAGGGAUCCGGAUGACCCUCUGAAGACCACAGAUAAAACUCGUCCUCUAGGGCUGAUUGUCUGUAGAGGAACGGCGGUCAUGUUGGUCGCCCCAACGGACGGAACAGAAGAGAUCGCUAAUCCUUUCUUGCAGCAAGAUGUCGCAUAGCUGCCCCGUGCGUGCAGCAUGGGGAAACAACCGGAAUCGGGAUCUA